AUGAUGAAAAAUAAUGCGAUUGAAUGUACCACAAUACCCAAUAUAAUUGAAGAUAUACAGUUUGAGUUUUUAGAAGUAACCAUGUCUGUUGAGUUUGAUCCAUCUACAGUUGAUAUUUCGCAGUUAGACUUUUCUGAUUUAGAGGAAAAAUACUCGGUCAAACAAGAGAAUAACCUCAUCGAUUGCUGUGUACUAUGUGACGGUGCACCAAUUGCACCAGAGAGUAAGGCACCGGUUUUGAAGAAGGUCUUGACGAAACUCUUCUCACAAUCAGGCAAAGUUGAAGACAUGUAUCUUCCAGUCGAGGACGGAAAAACCAAAGGUUACCUAAUUAUCAGAUUUUCCAAUCCGAUCGAAGCACUAAAGGCCAUCAAGUCACUUAACGGUAAGAAAUUGGAUGUUAAACAUAGAUUGUUAGUCAAUAAAUUGAGUGAUAUUGAAGAAUAUGUUUUAAGUGGCAAGGUCAAUGAUGAAUUCAAUGCACCGGAAUUUCCGCCAUUCAAAGAAACAGGACAUUUGAAUCAAUGGUUAGUCGAUCCAAAAGGUCGUGACCAGUUUUUGAUUAACUAUAACCAAUCUGUUGGCAUCUAUUGGUAUAGAAAGAACUUGGAGAACGAGGCAGUUAUUGAGCCACGUGAACAGUGGACAUCUACAUAUAUGAAGUGGUCUCCAAAGGGUAAAUAUUUAUUUUCGAUGUUCCCGCAAGGUGUUCAAUCAUGGGGUGGCGAAGGCUUCCAGAGAAUCAACAGACAUUUACAUCCUGGUGUUAGAUUGAUCGACUUUUCACCAAAUGAGAAGUUUUUAGUCACCCUAUCACCUGAACCAAUUAUGGAUCCGAUGGAACUUAGAGAAGAAUUACGUAAGGACUAUCCAUUCAAGAGUGAAGAUAUCGGAAAGAAGUUGGUUAUUUGGGAUAUUGCUAUUGGAUUACCAGUGAAGACGUUUGCAUUACCACCUAAUUUAGAAAAUGCAACGAGAAUGCCAUGGCCAUUAAUCAAGUGGUCUUAUGAUGAUAAAUACUGUGCCAGAAUGGGCCCUGAUGCGCUUGCAAUCUAUGAGACUGAGAAGGAUUUCCAGUUAUUAGGCAAGAACACCGUUAGGAUCGAGGGUAUUCAAGAUUUCUCAUUUGCGCCUGCUGGUAUCAAACUAUCCAGUUCCAAAAAGAGUGAUCCUUUAGAUGUUGUUCUGACAUAUUGGACACCGGAGACCGAGAAUCAAUCUGCUAAGGUAUCAGUUAUGUCGAUUCCAAAUAAGUCUGUCUUGAGAACAAUUCCACUAGUCCAAGUCAAAGAUAUCAAGCUAGACUGGAACGAAUCUGGAAAGUACCUAUGUUGUAAUGUCACAAGACACAAGAAAUCCAAAAAGACAUUUUUCAGUAACAUGCACAUUUUCCAAUUGUCAGAGAAGGACAUACCGGUUGAUAAGAUUGAAUUACAGGACUUGGUUUUGAACUUCAAAUGGGAGCCUAAUUCCAACAAGUUCAUUACUAUUUCAAGGAUCGAUAAAGGUGAGUUGUCCAAUUCGAAUGUUGCCACAGAAUCUAACACGAUAACAUUUUUCGAUGUUGAAGAGGUUAAAGUCGGCACUACCUCCUUGAAGAAAUGGGUCAAGUUGACCUCCUUGGAGAACAACACAUGUACAGACAUCAGUUGGUCACCAAAGGGUAGGUUUGUUAUAUUGACGAGUUUCAAUACACAGAACCCAGAGUUGAAGUUCUACGAUGUUGAGUUCGAUGAUGACAAACCAAAAGAUCAGAAUCCAAAGGUGCAAUCGAACUUGAAGUUGUUAUCGACACAAACCUUCAGUGGAUUGACCGAUCUACAGUGGGAGAAAUCUGGUAGAUUUGUUACUGCAGUUUCAUCAUCCUGGAAGACAAAGAUCAACAAUGGUUAUAGCAUCUACGAUGUGGCCGGCCACUUGUUGAAGGAGGAGCAUAUCAACGGAUUCAAGGAGUUUUUAUGGCGUCCAAGACCAGAAUCGUUGUUGACUUCCAACGAUAAGAAGAGAGUCAGAAAGAACUUGAAGGAAUAUGCUGCACAAUUCGAGGAGGCCGACACCAUGGACACCAAUGCCGCAUUACGUGAGAUCAUCUUGAGAAGAAGACAAUUAUUACAAGAGUGGAACGAGUACAGAAACCAAGUCCGUUCCAAGUUGCAACUCAAGGACGUUUCGGAGAAUGUCGAGGUUGAAACCAUUGAAACAGUCAAGGAGAUCAUCGUCGAGGAGAAGGAGGAGGUUAUUGAGGAUUGA